AUGGCUGCAUUAUACAAAACAGCAAGUGGCCGUCUAUUCCAUGCAGGUGCCAUUGCCAUUGUUUUGGUUGGUCUUCCAGCACGAGGCAAAACACACGUAUCGCGAUCACUGUGUCGUUACUUGAGAUGGUUGGGUGUCUCCACCAAAGUUUUCAGUGUAGGAAACUAUCGUCGUGAACGACUCAAGUCUAUUCCUGAAGACUAUUUCGAUCCAGACAAUCUCGAUGCACAAGCAGAACGGUUAACUAUUGCCGAUGAAUGCUUGGCUGACAUGAUGGAAUGGCUUCGAGUGGGUGGUGGACAAGUGGGCAUCUAUGACGGAAAUAAUGUGACGGAAAAUCGACGAAGAGGUAUCUAUAAAAAGCUGUUGGAGAAUGAUAUUCAUCCGCUUUACAUCGAGUCCAUAUGCGACAAGCCCGAAAUUGUAUUGGCAAAUAUCAGGAGCGUCAAGGUGUCUUCGCCAGACUAUUAUGGCUGGGAUCCCGAUGCUGCCGUCAAAGAUUAUACUGAUCGCAUUAAGCAACAUGAGCUUGACUAUGAAACGAUCUCAGAUACAUCACUGCCUUUUGUCAAACUCAUGAACGUAGGCGAACGUCUCAUCGUCAACCAUGUGCAGGGUUAUCUUCAGUCACGCAUGGUGUAUUAUCUCAUGAAUCUACAUAACCGUCCUCGUACCAUUUUCUUUGCAAGGACCGGAAACUCUGUCAUUGAAAACUCUUAUAGAGAAGACCCUGAACUAUCUCAAGAAGGUUGGGAUUAUGCUCACGUUUUGAAAGAAUUUGUGAUCGAAUACCGCGCGAAAAAGGAUGGUAUUACUGGCAAGAGCGCAGAUGAAGACCGAUCCCUGAGUGUAUGGGCACCGACACAGAAAAACGGUCGGCAGACCGCAAGCAUUUUCACUACCGACCCCAACAUUGCCGUCCGACACUACUCGAUGGUUAAUCAGUUGAACCCGGGUGUAGUGGAUGGAAUGACGCCAGAGCAAAUCAAUGAAAAGUUCCCUGACGAAAUCGAACGUGCAAAGGUUGAUCCUUAUCAUCACCGGUAUCCACGCGCCGAGAAAAGAAGGAAGACAUAA